AUGGCGGCCAUGCUUGCCGAAAAGAUAUCUGACCUUGAACACCAAACAUGGCGCGCUCUUCAACGGAAUGGCUCUGCGCUUCUUCCAUUCCUGUCCCGCGAUUGUGUCAUGCAAUUCCCUGUAGGGCUCAAAGUCUCGGCGACUUCGGAUCCCUCACUGAAGGACAUCAUGCUCAGUGAUGCUUUUAUACCGUGGAUCGGAUAUGCUCUAGAAGACGUGGCAGUAACAGAACUUGGGAGAGAGGCUGCUCUGAUCACCUAUCGAGCGGUAGCCUUGAGACCUCCACUAGAAGGAGAGGGGAACGUCGAAUUCCAUGCUCUCUGCGCUAGUGUUUGGCGUUUGGAUGCCGAGGCCGAGACGUGGCUUAUGUGCUUUCAUCAACAGACGGCUUUCGAAGUGGAGUGA